CUGCGUUAACCACUCCAGUCAGCCCGUUCAUCGCGACUUUAAGGCAAUGCUGUUAGUGUGACGUAUAAUCUAGUGGACGGAACGCUUCUAUCACCAGCAGCAACACUUAGUCAGCCACCUCCGUAGCUUGCUAGCCAAAAUAGCUGAACCAAUAAAGCUCUUUAGACGCUUUAGUGUAUAUUAGCCACUGUGUUUUAAACCCACGUCUGUCAUCUAGUUUGUUAUCCGAUUUAAUUUCAUAUUUACGUUAUUGUUAUUAGUCAGCUAGCGGACUGGUUAAGUUAACAUUAGCCUAGCUAGCUAACAUUCCCGACCAUGAGUUCACUAAGCUACUCUCCUCCUGCUAAAGAAGAGGCGUUCUGCUGGACGGAGAAAGAAACUCUCGUGAAAGAGGAAGAGGAGGCUGUUUCAAUACAAAAACAAGUAGAUGGUGAGGCUGUUACCGUGAAAGAAGAAGAGAAAGACGUUUCAGUGAAAGAAGAAGAAAACGCGCUCAGAGUGAAAGAGGAGGAGGAUGUUUCAGUGAAACAAGAGGAGGAUACAGAUUUUGGAGUGAAAGAGGAAGGGGAGACGACUGUUACAUCGAAGAAGGAAGAAGAGGAGGAAACUGGAUAUCUGGGCCCGGUUUCCCAAAGGCAUCUUAAGGCAUCCAAUGGUUCGAACGAUGAACGGGCCCUGGUUAACACUAGGGAGAGAUGUGACUAUCGUGGAUCCUCUGGGGAGCCUCAACAACAUAAUGAUGCUGACGAGGAAGAGAAGAGUCUCUCCACAUCAGAACACCUAAAGAAACAUCAGCGGAGACCCACAGGAAAGAAAUCUCAUUGCUGCUCUGACUGUGGGAAACAUUGCAAAUAUUCAUCAGACCUUAAAAUACACCAGCGUGUACACACAGGAGAGAAAUCUCACCACUGUUCAGAUUGUGGGAAAAGCUUUUCAACAUCACAGAUUUUGAAGCUGCACCAGAGAACACACACAGGAGAGAAACCUCAUAGCUGUGAUCAAUGUGGGAAGAGAUUUACUCAGUCAGGCUCCCUGAAAUCACACCAGAAACUACACACAGGAGAGAAAUCUUAUAGCUGUGAUCAAUGUGGGAAGAGUUUUACUACAUCUAGCAAUCUGACUAUACACCAGAGAACACACACAGGAGAGAGAUCAUUUAGUUGUAAUCAAUGUGGGAAGAGUUUUGUUCAAUCUAGCGAUCUGACAGUACACCAGAGAAAACACACAGGAGAGAAACCUUAUAGCUGUGAUCAAUGUGGGAAGAGUUUUAUUACAUCUAGCUAUCUGACCAUACACCAGCGGACACACACAGGAGAGAAACCUUAUAGCUGUACUCGAUGUGGGAAGAGUUUUAAUACAUCUAGCCAUCUGACUACACACCAGCGAGUACACACAGGAGAGAAACUUCACCACUGUUCAGAUUGUGGGAAAAGCUUUUCAACAUCACAGACUUUGAAGCUGCACCAGAAAACACAUACAGGAGAGAAACCUUACAGCUGUGAUCAGUGUGGGAAGAGUUUUAUUACAUCUGGCAAUCUGACUAUACACCAGCGGGGACACACAGGAGAGAAACCUUAUACCUGUAAUCAAUGUGGGAAGAGUUUUAAUACAUCUAGCCAUCUGACUACACACCAGCGAGUACACACAAGAGAGAAACUUCACCACUGUUCAAAUUGUGGGAAAAGCUUUUCAACAUCACAGACUUUGAAGCUGCACCAGAAAACACACACAGGAGAGAAAUCUUACAGCUGUGACCAAUGUGGGAAGAGUUUUAUUACAUCUAGCAAUCUUACUAUACACCAGAGAACACACACAGGAGAGAAAUCCUUUAGUUGUGAUCAAUGUGGGAAGAGUUUUACUAGAUCUAGUGAUCUGACGGUACACCAGAGAACACACACAGGAGCAAAACCUCAUAGCUGUGAUCAAUGUGACAAGAGCUACUCUGAUAAAAGAUCUCUGAUCAAACAUCAGAAAAUACAUACAUGAAGGAGUUAUUUUGUGAUGUCAAUGAAAUAAUGUCACAAUGUAGAAUGUUUUUAACAUUGUAGUAGGAGUAUUUUAAGGAAUUUUACAAUAUAGAACCCUAAAAGUUUUCCCGUUCAAUUAAUAUCAGCAUGAUUUUGAUAUUAAAAUCCAGGCUCUGAAUUGAAAGAGUGUUAUUUAUGUGAUUUAACAAAAAGUGACCAACACAAAAAGAACUGUGUUACACUUACCACGUUGGUGACCCACUUGAAUCAAAAUGUAACACUUGAAAAUGUAGCUAGCUGUUUUCUACAAAUUGUCCUCUAACCAGGGAUGUACACAUUAUUCCCAGAUUCCGUGUGGUUUUUGAGCUGUUCGUUUUAACAGGGUGUGCAACCUCAUCUCCCUCCUCUCCCACAAUUGAUUUCAACAUGAUAUCGAUGAGUGAUGACAAAUAAGUGUUGCGUUCCAUUGUUUAGCGACCCCUACAUUUAAAUGCAUCGCUCCUAAAUAUAGCUGACUGUCUUCUGUAGGUCUGUCAAAACUGUCAUGUUUUAUUAUUCCAUGCCUCACCAUUAAGUGAAUUAUUGCCAAAUCAAAAUUAACAAAGGGGUGUACAUUUUGGUUUUAAUAUUUAAUAUUUACAAUUCAGUAAUCAUAAUUAUUUAUGCAAUCAACUGACAAUGUUCAGGUAUAAUUAUAUUGAUGUUGUUGCCCUUCUUUUAGAAUAUCAGGGUUAAUUCUCUAUUCUCAUGAGCAUGACAUUGGAGACUUGGCCCCGAUCCGACAACAUGCCUAUCGAGUGAACUCUGAAAAGAGAGAGAAGCUCAGCAGUGAGGUGGAAAGUUACUGCGGAUAUUGCAGGAGUUUCCUCUUGAAAUCAGAAAUGUUCGUGGUAAGGACAACUUGGUUUCUGAUUGUCUCAAGGGUGGGCAGUCAAAAAUAUUUGUGUUUUGCGUUUAGCCAGUGCGUUACCAUGGAUCCCAAUUGAUUUUGACUGCACGUUUUUCUGUAUUGGAGAUUAGUUUUGUUUGGGCUCGUUUCAAGGGGACGAGAGUUCUAGAAGAAAACAAUUACAUUGUAGAAAAAUAUAUAUAUUUAGAAUUACAUGUUCUUUUAUUGUUGUCAGCCAGGUGUUACAGGCUUUGGUUUUUCCAUUUAUAUUUUGAGGUUGGGGUAUAGCUCGUUAGCAUGUAGGGCGCACUGAUUGGUGUCACCUCGUUAGUCAGUAUGUGUUACACCUGUGCUGGCUUGUCCAUCUCGUUAGUGGGAAGGUGUUUCACCUGAGCUGGUCCAGGUUCUAUUUAAGAGUGUCUGGCCCAAUGCUCUUGAUAGAUGUGGAGAGUCAACACCUUUAGUUGCUCCACCGUUUUGGUUGACUUCCUGUCUUUAAGUUUGGUGUGGGUUUUUAUUUUGUUUGCCUCUUGGGCAGAUUUAGUGGGUCUCAUGGUGGGUGUCUUUUAGGUCUAGUCAACUUCCAGUGGACACCUCCAUAGUGUCUUUCAGAGCCCCUCCUAAAAAACAAGCUUAUAUUUCAGGUUGGAUAUUGAUUCCAAUUAUUUUUAUCAAAUGGCAUUUCCUUAGAAUACUCAUUAGUCUUUAAGUUGUUAAUCUUCUGUUUUUUGUGUACUAAAUAUUUCAUUGUUUUUUCCUGUGAAGCCAUUGUGUCUGAAGUGUGCUGUAUAAAUAAAGCUUGAUAUGAUUUGAACAUAUUGCAAAACAAAUGAACCCAAUCAACAGACUCUUGCUAAACAUGUGCAAAAGCAACACAUAUCUUUGUCCAUCUUAGUGGGAGAUAUACUGUUUUUCAUACUAUGUCAAAAUAGUGCAUGGUAUGUAAGUUUAGUAUCACUUUUCAACCAAGAACUGAAACAAACAGAUCAAUCCCACUUUUCAAGCCUGCUGAAUGCGUGGUGGAGUGAUAAACACCACCCACGACUCUACCAGGGGCUUGAGGUGGUCUCCCACAGCUCUGCUUAUGUCAUUUUCUGUGGCCUUGCUGUUCCAUUUCUGACUGUCUCUGCAACACAGAAAGAAACGCAUUUAGUCAUAUUAUAUAAAAAUCUCAAAGUAAUGGAUAUGGAGCAUCUACGCAAAAGGGAAUAUGUUCCAUCAUCUAUGUUUAUUAACAUUCGUGCAAAUUGUCCAUUGAUAUAGGUGUACUUUCUGACCCCUUUUGGCUGUAUGAAAGUUAAUUUCCUCUCGGAUACAUGCAUUUGUUCUUUGUGUAGAAUGUACUUUACCCCAUCUCUUUACAUUGCUUAUGCAGAUUCAGUGGCCUGACUGCAUCCAAACUUCUGUCAUCUGAUCACUCCAAGCUGCAUUAGGUCUGGUACAAGUCAGGAGUUGGCUUUGGGGAUGACCAGUGAAAUAUGUCUGCUGGAGCGCGUGGUACGGGUGGGUGCUGCUACGGUGAUCAGUGAGCUGAGAUAAGGCGGGGCGCUUUACCUAGCAGAGACUUAUAGAUGACCUGGAGCCAGUGGGUUUGGCGACGAAUUUGAAGCGAGGGCCAGCCAACGAGAGCAUACAGGUCGCAGUGGUGGGUAGUAUAUGGAGCUUUGGUGACUAAAUGGAUGGCACUGUGAUAGACUGCAUCCAAUUUGCUGAGUAGUGUUGGAGGCUAUUUUGUAAAUGACAUCGCCAAAGUCGAGGAUCGGAAGGAAAGUCAGUUUUACGAGGGUAUGUUUGGCAGCAUGAGUGAAGGAUGCUUUGUUGCGAAAUUGGACACCGAUUCUAGAUUUAACUUUUGAUUGGAGAUGUUUAAUGUGAGUCUGGAAGGAGAGUUUACAGUCUAAACAGACACCGAGGUAUUUGUAGUUGUCCACAUAUUCUAAGUCAGAACCGUCCAGAGUAGUGAUGCUGGACGGGCGGGCAGGUUAAAGAGCAUGCAUUUAGUUUAACUUGCAUUUAAGAGCAGUUGGAGGCCACGGAAGGAGAGUUGUAUGGCAUUGAAGCUUGUCUGGAGGUUAGUUAACACAGUGUCCAAAGAAGGGCCAGAUGUAUACAGAAUGGUAUCGUCUGCGUAGAGGUGGAUCAGAGAAUCACCAGCAGCAAGAGCGACAUAAUUGAUGUAUAAGGAGAAAAGAGUUGGCCCAAGGAUUGAACCCUGUGGCACCCCCAUAGAGACUUUCAGAGGCCCGGACAACAGGCCCUCCGAUUUGACACACUGAACUCUAUCGAAAAAGUAGUUGGUGAACCAGGUGAGGCAAUCAUUUGAGAAACCGAGGCUGUUGAGUCUGCUGAUGAGGAUGUGGUGAUUGACAAGAGUCGAAAGCCUUGGCCAGGUCAAUGAAUACGGCUGCACAGUAUUGUUUCAUAUCGAUGGAGGUUAAGAUAUCGUUUAGGACCUUGAGCGUGGCUGAGGUGCACUCAUGACCAGCUCUGAAACCAGAUUGCAUAGUGGAGAAGGUACGGUGGGAUUCGAAAUGGUCGGUAAUCUGUUUGUUAACUUGGCUUUCGAAGACCUUAGAAAGGCAGGGUAGGAUAGAUAUAGGUCUGUAGCAGUUUGGGUCAAGAGUGUCCCCCCCUUUGAAGAAAGCAGUUGCUUUCCAAUCUUUGGGAAUCUCAGAUGACACAAAAGAGAGGUUGAACAGGCUAGUAAUAGGGGUUGCAACAAUUUCGGCAGAUAAUUUUAGAAAGAACAUCAGCUCUUUCAGAACAUCAGCUGACUAGAUUUGGGAGAAGGAGAAAUGGGGAAGGCUUCGGCGAGUUGAUGUGGGGGUGCAGUGGUGUUGACCGGGGUAGGGGUAGCCAGGUGGAAAGCGUGGCCAGCCGUAGAAAAAUGCUUAUUGAAAUUCUCAAUUAUAGUGGAUUUAUCGGUGGUGACAGAGUUUCCUAUCCUCAGUGCAGUGGGCAGCUGGGAGGAGGUGCUCUUAUUCUCCAUGGACUUUACAGUGUCCCAGAACUUUUUGGAGUUUCUGAUGCAGGAAGCUAAUUUCUGCUUGAAAAAGCUGGCCUUGGCUUUUCCAACUGCCUGUGUAUAUUGGUUUCUAACUUUCCUGAAAAGUUGCAUAUCACGGGGGCUGUUCGAUGCUAAUGCAGAACGCCACAGGAUGUUUUUGUGCUGGUUAAGGGCAGUCAGGUCUGGAGAGAACCAAGGGCUAUAUCUGUUCCUGGUUCUAAAUUUCUUGAAUGGGGCAUGCUUAUUUAAGAUGGUGAGGAAGGCAUUUUUAAAGAAAAACCAGGCAUCCUCUACUGACGGGAUGAGGUCAAUAUCCUUCCAGGAUACCCGGGGCAGGACGAUUAGAAAGGCCUACUCACUGAAGUGUUUCAGGGAGCGUUUGACAGUGAUGAGUGGAGGUCGUUUGACCGUUGACCCAUUACGGAUACAGGCAAUGAGGCAUUGAUCGCUGAGAUCUUGGUUGAAAACAGCAGAGGUGCAUUUAGAGGGCAAGUUGGUCAGGAUGAUAUCUAUGAGGGUGCCCGUGUUUACGGCUUAGGGGUUAUACCUGGUAGGUUCAUUGAUCAUUUGUGUGAGAUUGAGGGCAACAAGCUUAGAUUGUUGGAUGGCCGUGGUGUUAAGCAUGUCCCAGUUUAGGUCACCUAGCAGCACGAUCUCUGAAGAUAGAUGGGGGGAAAUCAGUUCACUUUGUUUACUUGCUGUUUGAGGUGAGAAAAAAAUGUGCUUUGAGAAGCUCCACAACUCAUUAGUGGUGGUGCGUUAAGACAAUCAGAAGUACUAUCCAACAUCCCCAAAUGGGCACAUUUAUAGGCCUACAUUUGUGUGCAGGCCAGGGAGAUUAAUCCUACUUCUAUAUGGGUAGUCAGGUGUGCGUCCUUACUCAACGCAUUGACAGGAGUGUUUCAAACAAAAGACAAUGAAUAAAUUUACAAAACUGACGCGUCUUGCGGGGUCAGGUCUGGGUGGUCUGCCUUGGGGCGUUUCAUUUAGUAUCCGUUUGGGUCGGCAUGGGGAAUGAUUGUAUGUCCCCAUAGUAUGUUGUACCUCAAGUUGAUCGACUGAAAGGGAGCGUAACUUUAUGACCAUAAUUAGUGUUCCCUGAAGGAGGGAAACGAGGUACAACACCUUUUUGGCCCCGCCCCUUCCUGGGUCGGUGAGGAGCGAUAUUAAAUUGAAAAUGACCUAAGGCUCGUAUUUCUGUGUUGAUUAUAUUAUAAUUAAGUCUAUGAUUUGAUAUUUGACAGAUUAGCAGGCUCGUAAGCAUUCAUUCAAACAGCACUUUCCUGCGUUUGCCAGCAGCUCUUCGCAAUGCUUGAAGCACAGCUCUGUUUAUGACUUCAAGCCUAUCAACUCCCAAGAUUAGGCUGGCAAUACUAUAGUUCCUAUAAGAACGUCCAAUAGUCAAAGUUAUAUGUAAUACAAAUGGUAUAGAGAGAAAUAGUUCUAUAAUUCCUAAAAUAACUACAACCUAAAACUUCUUAACUGGGAAUAUGGAAGACUCAUGUUAAAAGGGACCACCAGCUUUCAUAUGUUCUCAUGUUCUGAGCAAGGAACUUAAAAGUUUAGCUUUUGGCACAUAUUUCACUUUUACUUUCUUCUCCAACACUGUGUUUUCGCAUUAUUUAAACCAAAUGGAACGUGUUUCAUUAUUUAUUUGAGACUAAAUUGAUUUUAUUUAUGUAUUAUAUUAAGUUAAAAUAAAAGUGUUCAUUCAG